AUGGAUUCAAUCUCGCUUCUCGUCGGCCCGCCGCCCAACACCACACGCUCGAUCAAUCAAGACGACUUCGAUUCGCGCUACAAUUUCGUCAAGGUGCGCAAAAAACGAACGAAUCUCGAGUGCCUCAAACAUUAUCUCAUCGGCGAGAAUUGGAUUCUCUAUCAGCCGCCAAAUUCGUGGACGCAGCUUCUUCCAAUCAGCACAUGGAUCAACAAGUAUAAUGUGAAGGAAACCCUACCGCGCGAUUUUCUUGGCGCUCUCUACCUUUCCGCUCUAUUGUUCCCACAAGCCAUCGGCUAUGGAGUCCUCAUCGGCAACAUUCAAAUCGCCCUUUAUUCUUUAUUCAUCCCCCCAUUGAUCUACGUCUUCUUCGGCUCCGCACAACAUUCAUCGUUGGGCUCCCUCUCGUUCACAUCGAUUAUGAUCUACUCAAGUGUUGCUCAUUCGUCAUCGACAAUCGGCACCAUUUCAUUCUGCUGCGCGAUAUUACAGCUUCUGCAAUUCUUGCUCCCGCUCGAGUUUAUUUAUUCUUACAUCUCGACGUCAUCAUUAUCCGGCUUCUCGAUAGGCCUAUUCAUUCGGACCAUUGUUCGAUUUCUUCCACAAUUUCUCGUGUUUCGCGGAAGCGAUUGUAAGCCGGGACUUUUCAUCGCGAAUUCGACGACCGAGGUGAAACGCGCGAUUCAAUGCUUCAAAGCCGUCGUGCCGUGCUUGAAUUCGUCCGAGUUUGUCAUCAUCAUCAUCACCAUUCUCUGCUCGAUAAUAUUGAUCGUGUUUCGGUGGCGCGUCAGCAAGUUGAUCUUCGACAAAAUCGGCUUCAAUCUACCACACGAGUUCAUUCUAAUUCUUCUCUCAACAGUGAUUCUCUACGUGUUCUCCGAUCCGACGAACACCACAAUUCAAGAUCUCUCAGUGCCGACGCUCGAGUUCUCGAGCUGGCCGACACUUUCGACAUUGCUUGACUCAUUCGCCAUAUCAACAUAUACAAUGACGUCUCAUAUGCAAAUCACCAAGUCGAUAGCGAUGGAGAAAAUGUAUAAAGUGCACCGAAAGCAGGAACUCUUCUGCUUCUCAAUCAUCUCCUUCAUCUCAUCAGUAUUCGGUUUACUUCCACCUAGCAGCAGCUACGGUGGCAGCAACAUCAACAUCGAGUCCUCCAAGUUCUCCCUCGUCUCAAAUGUCCUCUCUCUUAUUCCAACCGCUUUGAUGAUCUACUUUGGCGGACCACUGAUCAACGUGUUACCAAUGUGUGCUGUUGGGGUCAUGGUAAUAACAUCAUUCAAUGGAUGGUACAGCGAUAUCAAGUCGAUUCGAAGCAUAUGCUAUUCAUCGUCGUACGAUGCUGCUCUCGCCGUGUCCUCGAUCAUCAGCGCAAUCAUAUUCCCCAACGUCUGCACCGGAUUCAUCUUCAUGAUGUUCCUCUCAAUCUUCUCUGUCGCAAUUCGAGUUCAAUGGCCACAAGUCGAAGUGCUCGCGAAGCUGUCAGAGACGCAUUUCGCUGAAGAGACCCGCUAUGAGGGUGACUGUUUGGACACCCCGGUGCGAAUAAUCCGUCUCGGCGGACCAUUAUUAUCAGUAAACUGCGAGGCAAUCCGCGCCGAGCUCAAUAAGCAAGCCGUGAAUGUGAAAGGCCUCAUUGGGAUUGGCAUCGGCACUCGGACAGCUUCAUUAAGGAGUCAGUGUCCAUCGGCAGUUGGACCGAAGUUCUCAUUGCAGGAGAGUGUCGCCGCUCGCGAAUCAUUCAAUCUAUCAGCAAACAUUACAAUUAUACAGGAAACCGACACCUCAAUGACGCAGCCAACGACCGACAUUCAACAAUCAAUUCUCCGAUUUCUGAUACUCUCGUUCAGCGGUGUGACUGCCAUCGACAAGGAUAUGCUCACGUGUAUUUCUCAGGUGUAUGGCGAUUUGAACAGCGAGAACAUCAAAAUCCUAUUCGCCGGCGUUCCAGCCGCCAUUCGCGAUUCGAUGGAGCUUCUCGGUUUUCACAACACCGUCCCACGCGCGGCAUUCUUUCCCAAUAUUCAAGAAGCGCUCAUUUCGGCGCGAAACACCGUCCUACCAUUCCAUAUGAGCGUUUCAAUGAAUGGCUAUCGCGACGUUAUUGCACUCUCAUGCGCCGCAUCGCACUCCGAAUUGAAUCGCGGAAUUUCGCCAGAAGCGGUUUAA